ACACACCCCACCCCCCCUUUGCUCCCACUCUCUCUGUGCUCUGGCACUGCAGUGCUGAUUGUGAUUGAACACACACAUUGAUGCACACACACUCACGCAAGCGCACACAGGAGCGUAGCUGAGAGGCAAGGACUGCAGCAGCAUGCAGCAGCAGAGGCCGAGCCGUUCAGGGACUCCAAGCGGGAGAAUUCAGGAGAGGAGAUAGAGAGCUGUUGGAGCCCAGCCUUCGUUUGCAUCUUUGCAGAGAGGGGACGGGGGGUUUCAAGAGUGGAUGCUUUAUCUUUGCCAGUCUCCUCUGUACUGCUUCUACAUCUUCCUCAGCCUGCUCCUCUCACUUCAACUCUUCCUCCACCUCCCGACUACAGCAUCAUUAUACAGGACUACAGAUUGACCAGGACUGGCGAGUGGUGGACGGUCGGGCUUCGCCUCUGUUGAAGGAUUCCUACAUGGCUAUGCUACAUCUGCAACCUCACUGAUGUCUGGAUUCUAGCCGACAUCCUCAGCUAGAAAUUUACCUCAAACCUGCAAGGAAUCUUGGAUGUAUAUAUAAUUCUUUUCCAGCCUUGUCGCUGGCGCAUUUCCCUCAUUUGCCGGCUGUUUUUGCUCUCUGUGAGACUGGCUAGUAGGCACUGCAGCAUCAGGACCGCAAGAUCCAUGAAGCAGUAGGGCAUGAGGACCCAGGGGCCACCCGAAGCAAGGGCUUGAGUACUUCCAUUGCUUUCACUGCUGAGCUGAGUGACUGGGACAGCGGGUGGAGGAGAAAAUGCUUAUGGCUCGGGACACAGCGCGGGAUGAGGCUCAGAAGCUACACAGGAAGUGGCUGAAGCACCAGGCCUUCAUGGCAGAGCUGGCCCGCAACAAAGAAUGGCUGGCCAAGAUAGAACAGGAGGGCGAGGAGCUGAUCCAGGAGAAGCCGGAGCUGCGUUCAGUGGUGGAGCAGAAGCUGGAGGAGAUCAGGGAGUGCUGGUCUGACCUGGAGAACACGACCAAAGCCAAGGCCCGCCAGCUAUUUGAAAACAACAAGGCGGAGCCAGUGGUAAAGAGCUACUCAGACCUGGACAGCCAACUGUCUCAUCUGGAGCAGCAGCCCCCCCAGCUGGAACAGGCUCAUCAUCUUCCUACCUUCAACGAGCAGCUCCAGAAAUUCCAGGCCAUGGAGUCUCAGAUAGGGGACUUCUACAAGGAUGCGGGGGAGCUGGGGAGUUUGCAGGGGCUCUGCCUACCCCAGCAGGGCCUCAUGCCAGGCGACAGGGAUGACACGGAGCAGUCGGGCGGGGUGGAGACCCGCAUAGUCCGCCUCAUUGAACCCCUGAAGGAGAGGCGUCGAAUCCUGCUGGCCUCCAAGGAGAUGCACCAGGUGGCCCAGGAUUUGGAGGAUGAGAUACUGUGGAUCCAGGAGAGGCUUCCACUGGCUUCCUGUAAGGAUUUUGGGAAUAACCUGCAGAGUGUCCAGCAGCACGUAAAAAAGAACCAGGCACUCCAGAGAGAGCUGACCGGGCGGCGAGCUCGGGUUGAGGAGGUCCUGGACCGGGCAGGAAUCAUUGCAUCGCUGAGAACCCCUGAGGUGGAGUUUGUGCGUGAGGGUGCAGGGCACGUGCGCCAGCUGUGGGAGGUUUUGCAGCUGGAGACUGAGCGGAGGGCUGUGAUUCUGGAUGCCGCCCUGCAGGCUCAGCAGUAUUACAGUGAAGGAGCCAAAGUGGAGUCCUGGCUGUCAGGACAGAAACUUCAUCUUGCCAGUGAAGAAAAAGGGGCGGAUGAGGCAAGCACGCUGCAGCUACUAAAAGCUCACCUGACUCUGGAGCAGACUGUUGAGACGUACGCAGAGACAGUCGGCAUGCUGUCGCAGCAAUGUCAACGACUCCUGGAGCUGGGACACCCGGAGAGUGAGCAGAUCAUGAAGCAGCAGUCCCACAUAGACCGACUGUACGUAUCUCUGAAGGACAUGGUGGAGCACAGAAAGACCAAGCUGGAGCAGCAGUACUGGCUCUAUCAGCUCAAUAAGGAGGUGGAGGACUUGGAGAGGUGGAUCACUGAGCACGAGGCGGUGGCCAGCUCCACCGAGCUGGGCCAGGACCUCCAGGAAGUCUCAGUGCUUCAGGAGAGGUUCACCAAGUUUGCCACAGAGACCAACAGCACUGGUGAGCAGCGCAUGGAGCAGGUGAACAAAAUGGUGAAUGAGAUGAUCGACUGCGGACAUUCAGAUGCAGCCACCAUUGCUGAGUGGAAAGAUGGUCUUAAUGAGUCCUGGGCUGACCUUUUGGAGCUCAUGGAGACCCGCAGGCAGAUGCUGGCAGCUUCUUAUCAGCUGCACAAGUUCUUCACUGACUGCAAAGAGGUCCUGGCUCAGAUUGCAGGGAAGACGAAGCAGCUUCCAGAGGUGAGGGCAUGCCAAGCCAACAUCUCCAAUCCAGCCACUCUGCAGAGGCUCAUGCACUCCUUUGAGCAUGCCCUCCAACUGCUGGUUGCUCAGGUGAGGAUGCUGCAGGAGAACGCUGCCCAGCUGAGGACCAUAUAUGCAGGGGAGAAGGCUGAAGCCAUCAUGGUACAAGAGCAGGAAGUCAUGGAUGCAUGGAAAGAACUGCUGAGGGCUUGUGAGGCCAGUCGAGUCCAGGUGACUUCCGUGACCGACAAGGUGCAGUUCUUCUCUGUGGUGCGGGAAAACCUCAUGUGGAUGGAAGGCAUCAUGGGCCAGAUAAGAUGGGAUGAGCCAAGGGAUUUGACAGCUCUGGAAGUGAUGAUGAAACAACACCAGGAGCUGAAAGCCAAAAUAGACGGUCGCAGCAAGACCAUCCAGCAAUGUGCAGACCUCGGCAAGAUUUUGAUAGCAGCAGGCAACCCUGCAUCAGAGGAGAUCAAGGAGAAGUUGGACAGUCUUUUAAUGAAGCAGAAGGAUCUUGUUGAAAAAUGGGACAGGCACCAGGAAAGGUUACAGAGCAAACAAGAAAGGUUCCAGUUUGCCCAAGAGACUGUAAAGGCAGAGGCUUGGCUGAAGGCUAAGGAGCCCCUGAUCACCUCUAAGCAGAAAGAGGGAGGAGAGGCCCCCACCCACCCCGAUGAGGUUGAGCAGCUCAUACUUCGGCACGAGGCCUUCCGCAAGGCUGCUGUAACCUGGAAAGAACGCUUCAGCUCCCUCCGCCAGCUUUCUGCAGCUGAAAAGAAACAAGAGGAGGACAAAAAGAAAAUUCCACUCUCCAGUCGAAGGAUGUUCCCUCUUUCUUGUUUGACUCCCAGUGUUCCUUCAACCAGUGCAACCUCCUCCUUCUUGAGGCAGACAGUACAUGCUCAAAUAGAACCCAAACCAUUACAAACCAGUUUGGAUUUGGGCAACAGCUCAGUAACACAAAGAUUGUCAUCAUCACUUUCCAGCUACAACCCAGUUUUAAAUGGAUCAGGCUACCAAGGGCUGGAGCAAAGGAGCGCUGGGUUGGUGAACACCUCAUACCUUGGAAUGAAGCAACCAGCAACUGCAGGAGCAAAUAACCCCAAUUUCUCUGCAUCCCAGAUUGGAGGGACAGACACCUCUACCUUUCAAGGGAAAAAUAAUCUACCUGGUGGUAGUGCAGAGAGCUCAUGGUAUUUUGGAAGCACCACUGUGAGUGGUAUUCAAAAUCAUCCAAGCAGCGGCAAGUUAGGAAGUUCAGGUAACAUAGCUCAGCAGCCAAGCAGUGGAGGUAUUGGAAGCCCUGGCUACUCAUCUCCACAAAAUUUGGGAAGUUCCAGUUUUUUUGGACAACAACCUGGAAUUGGAAGCUCUGGGUACUUGGCUCAACAGCCUAACAUUGAGAGCUCUGGAUACUUGGCCCAACCAUCUAACAUAGCAAGCUCUGGGUACUUGGCCCAACAGCUGAACAUGGGAAGUUCUGGGUACUUGGCCCCACAGCCCAAUAUGGGAAGCUCGGGGUACUUGGCCCAACAGCCUAACAUGGGAAGUUCUGGAUACUUGGUCCAACAACCCAACAUGGGAAGUUCUGGGUACUUGGUCCAACAACCCAACAUGGGAAGUUCUGGAUACCUUGCACAGAAUUAUCAAAGCAGUGGAUUGGGAAGCUCAAGCUAUCUGGCACAAAAUCAUUACAGUAGUGGAAGUCUAGGGAGCUCAGGUUACCUGGCACAAAGUGGUGGCAUUAUGGACCCUAAAAUGGCAUAUGCAUGGCAGCAUCUGAAAGCUGACUUCAUGCAGCCCAGGAUCAAUCACAUCCACAAAGCUAUAAACCCCCUGCUGGAGGCCAGCAGGAUGCAGCGAGAACAGUUUGGAGACAUCCCAAUGGCCGACAUGGUUGGGCCAGAGUCAGGACUGGAGCUGCUCCAUGGCCGUCUCCAGAGGGAUCCCAGAGGCAGCCGCUCUGAUCCUCAGAUGGACCAUUUGAGACGAGAAAGGGAAUACAAACUAGGAAGACAAACCUCCAGUGAACAGGAAAUACAAGCUCGGUUAAAUGAGCUGCCAAUGAUUGUGCGACAGGAGCGUUAUCGGAGGCGUAUGGAGAGGCAGUCAUCCAGUGAACAGGAAGGGAGCAACAAGCAGAGACUACAGAGACAAGACUCAAGCGAUCUAGAGGGCUCUGUUAAGGACGGAUCCGACAAACGCUCAGGGGAGAAGAGAUCUACCAUGGCAGAAAUUGUGGAGCAGGCUCAAGAGAGAGAAGCAGCAAAUGCACGAGGAGAGCCUUAUCGACCUCCUAGCAGCCUCUCAGCACCUGUAACUCGCUUUGAUGGACGCCCUCGUGCUCGAGACCGCCCCAAACCCAGAAGACGACCUCGCCCAAAAGAACCUGAAGAAACUCGCCGUUCUCGCUCUGCCCCAGCAACUGGUGCCCCGACAACCCCCCAGCCGCCUUCACACACUGCCCAUAAUGAAGGCUUCCUCUAUCGUAAAAAGGCCACCAGCACUGAGCUUGAAGCUCAACAGAGGAGCCCCAACAGCAAAUCCUGGGUGAAUGUAUACUGUGUGCUGAAAGAAGGAAAGCUGACUUUCUAUAAGGACGCUAGGAAUCACAGCACAACGUAUAAUGGAGAGCCUCCUGUUGACCUUGGAAACUGCUCAUUCGAUCCUUCCAUGGGAUACAAGAAGAAGAAAAAUGUCUUCAUCCUUCAAGAAAACGAUGGAAACAAUUUCAUAUUCCACGCAAAGGAUGAGGAAGACCUGAAAGCUUGGACUUCGAACAUCACCGCCUCUAUAGAUGAGCAUGAGGCUAUGGCCAAAUGGGACAAGCCGGGGACCUCAUCCAUGGACCCCGAUCACUCUGAGAGGAAGGAGAAGUCCGAGGGGGAUGCAGACGCUCGCUCAGAGAGGUCUGAGGUGGUGGAGAUGGAGGAGAGGUCAGACAAAGGUGACGGCUCCGAGAAGUUAGACACUUCCGAAAUCGCAGACAAGUUGGAGGGUGGGGCAGGGGGCUCCAGCACGUCUGGAAAAAGCAAAUGAGGAGUCUCUUUGCAUUUUGAUGUUCUUCAUAGACACCAGGUGUGGGAGGCAGAGGGUGGGAGAGGUGUUUGAGCAUGUUUGCAGAACCUCAGUGUCAGAGGCCCAUCACUGGCUUUGAAAUGACUAUUGUAUACUAUGACAGACUAAUCUCUCAGACCCCCCCUUCACCCAUGCAAUACAUCAGUGCUAUUGUGCCACCUGCUGGUUGACGUGGGGGUCGGCCCACACAGACGCAGAGACAGACGGAUACAAGUUUCGCCGCUGUCCCGUUCUAUCGUUGAUCGUUUAAUCUCUCGGAUUCACCGCAUCUUUCUGUACGUACCUUUGAAGACGUCAUGCUGUGUCCCACCAGACCAACCCCAGACUUCCACAAGUCUCACAAGAUUACAAAAGACUAUGUUUUUGAAGCAAUACACUUUUUUAUGUUCUUCUCUUUGUUAAAACAGAAAUGAAGGCAGGAAAGAAGCAGUAACCAGAGAAGCCAAUGUGAUUAGCGUGCACGCCAGACACAGCGCACGCACGUGUACGAUAGUCAUGCCCACAUGUAUUCCCAUCACAGGCCUUGCUUUGAGUCAUGCUAGUGUUAUGGAAUGUGGGUGCUGGCCCCUAAAGUCUCGAUUACAUGUUUUUAGACCAGAUUUGGGGUUUUGCAUUUUUUUGUUCGACACAAAGACAAAAUCUCCACUCUGCAUGGAACAGUCUGCUUGUGCUCCCAUUAAACACAGGAACCGCAAUAAUCCCUGUGAAUUGGGAGGCGGCGGCACUUUUUCUUUUUAGCACUCUGGCACUCCAGAGGUAUGUGACACCUGCAGGAGAGCCGGUUUGGAGAGGAGAGCCAACUAAAAUAUCAUAAUUCAGAAAACUAUGUCCACAGGUGCGUCAGCUGUUUGCACUUCAGUGGUGCAGUUCAUUUUUCACCGAAUGUAGAGUUUGCAGCAGCUGUGGAAUGUCCCCUCACCAUCAGGCCUGUGGGGCCCUAAAUUGUAAAACCAGCUGAAGCUCUCCAUGUCUCAGCCAUGUGGGAGCUGCUCUGUGAGAGGCAAGUCAUGCUAAAAGUGUCACGGCUCAAGUUCUAAAAUAUACUUAUAUCUAUCUUUGUAUGUAUACCAAUGAAACCUGUGCUCCAAUUAAACAACACUCCCAAUGGAACAACCUAGACAUUUGUAACACCCUGCAAAUAAAACAGUCAUCACUCUGAUAUAAUGAUGUUUAUGACAUUAAAAUUUAAAAAAAUAUAUGCAAAUUACAAGUCCUAAUAAUCCUAGUGCGUGUAUAAAUGUACACCGGUAUCUAUAUGCUGUAUUAAACUCCUUUUACCAGGGAAAAGCAGCAGGACAUACUGUAGGUAUGUUUGUUGUAUUUUUAUAUGCAUAUAUUUAUUGAUGUGAGAAUCAGAAAAUGUCCCACAGCCCCAAUAAGAUCUGGUCCUGGCAGCUGAGAAAGAGGAGCUGCACUGAUGCAUUACACACUGAUGAAGCACAAGACAGCCUGGCUUCAGCGGAUGAAGCUAAGCUGUGUUGGUCGACAGACACAGGUGCAUUUAUUGUUUCUCAUGCAGAUUUUUGAAUGAGGAUCACAGGCAGCAACAGAAACUCUCUUCCUCUGCUGCGCUUCAUCGCCCCUCAUCUCAUUCUGCCCCUCGCUGUGGGACUUCCUAAUAGUCUUCCUUUAAAACACCAAAAGAAUGCGUUAGAUGCUGUGCUGGUUGAAUUCUGUGAGUUCAGGUGGAGUGAGGAAGGUUUUUUCACAAUGUUUGUUUGUCAGUCUCUGUUUUUACACAAGUGCCAUGUCAUGCAGUUUGCUGGUUCAGAGAAAAGGGGGUACAGGCCGUUUCUUUCAGAUUUUGUCACUUUUUUUUGCUUUUUUUAGCACUGAAUGAAGAGGAUUUUCUUGUAACUGUCCUGAUUCAUGGCAGAAAUCUAUCCAGCACCCCCACGUUACAGGUCCCAUCACUUUUAUGAAACACAUGAGGGGCAUUUUCCACUCGGCUAAGUCCACUUCAGCCAACAUACAUAGGUAGCAGAAAGCGUGACUGAAUGCAGAAAUAUUGUGCAAACAUUGAUGGUCUAACAUGUAUGUCUUUGUUACGUCCCAUUCCAACUUGCUGCUAUGACAUUCAAUAAAUCUCCAAACUUGCUGACGCAGACGUGACGUGGAAUUGAUGUGGUCACACAUGCAGGUCGCAUGCACACACACACAAAAACUGGCAUGUCCUGUCCAACACGGCUGUGUCUUUUGACCUCCCGCAGCAGUGAGGCCCACAAACACAAGGACAUGAAUCUUGGCUUGGUUGAAUAUUUUAGAUCUAAUACUAACAAAUUUUCUUUGGAACCACCAGAGCCUGAGACUAAAGACAAUCCUUGUUUGCACCUCUGACUCCAGGAGUGGCCACGUUUAACCAUCUUUCCCAGACUUCCCUGCCCCACGCACAGAAUAUUGCCUGGAUCAGGUGCCAGUUAGGUGCUUCACGAGCAGGGGUGGUUGGGAGGGAAAAGGCGGGUUGUUGCCCCGCCCCUGAACUGGAAGGCAGAUCUGCUCCACACACACGCAUCACGUCAACAUUUCCACUGACUGCUGGUGCACUGAAAAGCCUCCAGACCAGACCCAUAUGAAAAGUGGAGGAACGUAUAAAUAGUUGAUGUGAGAGUAAAAAUAAAGGUUGGUGCAGUCUUUGUUUUGCACAUCCAGGCCUGCGCUGGGAUGCAGCCAGGUCUGUUUCUUAACAGAAGCGUUCAUGUCCGCUGAACUGCACAAACUCUGCACAACUUCUUGUAUGUUUUGAGAAUGUACAUUUUAAUUAUGAUUUAUUUGUUGAACAACAUCUGCUAAUAUGUGUGGAAAUCUACGGUCUGGGAUUGUCUCAUAAAAUCCGUUUAUCCUUCA